AUGCCUUCAAGAACAAGUGAAUUUCCAAAUGAGGGUUCCGAACCGGCGGAUAUCAUCUCGCGGUUCUUAGCCUUGCAGCAAAUAUACAGCGCCAAAGAAUUAGACUCAUAUCUCCAGUCACGGCAACAAAACCAAGAGCACAAAUCAGAUCCCGAGAAUGGAUUUACUGAUGUCAUCGUUCUUUGUGCAUCGGCAAUCCUGGCUAUCCCUGAGGCCGUUUUUGAGUGGGGAGUGCAGCAGCAGAGCCAAAAUGAGGAAAGGCAGAGAAACACAGUACUAGUGCUGUGUGGAGGUAUCGGACCUUGUACGCCAUUUGUUUACGACGCUAUCAGAGCGAGCAAGAAAUACUGCACGAUAUUUGACACGAUUAACGGCAAACCUGAAGGCGAGGUGUUGAAAGUCAUGGCGGAACGCUUCUAUAAACUCAAGAUCAACGAAACUGGAAGCCAAGAUCAUGGCUUUCGGAUCCUGGUGGCCGACCGUUCAAACAACUGCGGAGCAGAUGCAUCGGAGGCACAAAAGGUUUUAGAAGAGAAUGGCAUUCGUUCCCCAAGAUCUAUGGUUGUUGUGCAGGACCCAGCUAUGAGCUGCCGGACGAUGUCUUCAUUUGAAAAAGUCUACCAGAAUGAUACCGUCCAGAUUUCGUGCUGGCCACGGCUGAAGCAAACAAGAGAGGCUCAACAAGAAAAGGUGGGACCUGAGAAAAAUGUCAGAAGGGAACUUUGGUCUAUAGAUCGCUUUCUGGACAGAAUCAUUGGUGAGCAAGGUGGAGUUAUCAGAGCAAAGUCACCUAUUGGCAUUCCAACCGAGGUGGAAAAUGCGUGGUCAGCUAUAAUGGACGAAAGCAGCUCAAAAGUCUUUUAA